AUGGCGGACUGGGGCCCCGUGGUGGUGGGCGUGGUGCUCUUCGUGCUGCUCUCCCCUGGCCUGCUGUGCGAGCUCCCGGGCACCCACCGCCACGUCGACUUCGGCGGCUUCCACACCAACGGCAAGGCCAUCUUCGUGCACACCCUCAUCUUCUUCGCCGCCUUCACCAUCCUCACGCUCGCGCUCCACGUCCACAUCUACACCGGCUAG